UUGAAAGCCAAGUUUCGUUUGAUUUGUCUUCGUAAAUCAAUUAGAAUCGCUAAGAAUAAAAAAUAUGGUAUCUUGCAUGAGCUCAUCACGUUAGAGGAUAAUAUAUACAGUGAAGAUCCUAAAAUGUUGGAAGAAAUUAACAAGGGUAUAAUUGUGCUAACAGAUACGAUUCGGAAGAACACAAAAAAUAAAUAUAUUAGUAAAAUGAAAUGGAUCAUUAAGAAACAAACAUCAAGAAUGGUUAGUAGCAGUCCUUCAGCAUACGUUUUGUGGGACCAAAUAGAAAUCCCGGAUAAGAUCAAGGAUUUUCUAAAAUGGGGACCGAACUUUGUCCCGGAAAGUUCAAACUCAUGGAAAACAUCAAUUCAAGAAAUAGAAAGGGGGCUAUCUGGGCAGAUUCGUUAGAAAAAGAAUACCUCCGAUGGAAAACCGUCAUAAAAGACCAGACGUCUUGGAAGAAAAGAUGUGAUGCCGGUAAAUACAUCAAAUUUACUAGGGAUUGGCUUAGAAAAAAUGAUUUAGUUACAACAAGAGCUGACAAAAGCAAAACUUUAGUUAUCAUGAAAAGGCAAACGUAUAAUAACGCAUUGGAGGAUUAUAUUAAAAAAACUGAAUGCGAGAGAGUUGAAACAAAAAUUAUCGACAGCAUCGACAGAAGGGUUAAGAAACUUGAAAAAACUAAGCUCACUAAAGCAUUACCUUUCCUCAAAAAUUGUCGUAAUCCCAGACCAAGUAUGCCGAGGUUGUUUGCUUUUGCCAAGACCCAUAAAGAGGGUAAAGAAAUGAGACCUAUUGUUGAAAGAUGCAGAGGACCAACGUUUAUUCUUGAAAAGAAAUUACAUAAGUUUCUCACCUCGCACAUCGAGAGUAAUGUACAUGUAGCACAGGAUCCAAAGGAGGUUGUUAAUGAAAUACAAGAUAUAAUUUUAAUGGAUAAUGAAAUUGGAACUGUGAUGGACUAUGAGAGUUUAUACCCGUCUAUAAAAAUUGAAUCAUGCAGGUUAGCACUUUUAGAUUUCAUGCGCAGCAAGAACCCAGAAUUGGCAUGUUACAAUAAUGAAUUAACAGAAAUAGCUAACCUUAUUUGUUAUGAAUCGUUUUUCACCUUUAACGGCCAUCAAUAUAGACAAAAAAGAGGAGUCCCUAUGGGAAGUCCCAUGUCGGGACUGUUGUGUGAGCUUGUAUUAAGAAGAUUGGAAAAAAGCGCUCUUUCUGUAUUCUUAAAUGACAUUGUUUACUUUAAAAGAUACGUUGACGAUGUCUUUGUAAUUUGGAAGAAUGACAAAAAAAUCGAUGAUUUUAUUAGCAUGAUCAAUAACAACGAUGAUGGCCUCAUGCUGAAGAUUGAACAAAAAAAUGCUUCACAGAUACAUUUUUUGGAUAUUGACGUUGAGUUCAAAGAAGGGCACUUGGCCACUAAGGUAUACGUAAAACCGACGCAUAGCCCUCUGUACAUUCCGUCCCACUCUAAUGAUCCUUACCAGUACAAAGUGGCUGCCUUCCGUGCCCUUAUCCAAAGGGCCUUUCUCUAUUGCAGUAGUGUGUUGGAUAGGCAACAGGAAAUUAAUAGAGUAUUAAAUAUUGCCAGAUCGCUAGGGUACAGGAGAGAUAUGAUAAUAACAUUGGUAAAAAAAUACAAAGUAAACAAAACUAAGGCUCAAAAAUGCGAUUUCGGCAAAAUUACAAAGUUCACGUAUGAUAAAAAGAGAAAAGACAUCAUGAAGGAAAUCGCGGUCCGCAAAAAAUCCAAGUUAAUUUUCAAGAGGGCUCCUAACCUGUAUAAAUUAUUAAGGAAUGACAAAGACAGAGUAGAUAAAGAAAAAAGAGCUGGAGUAUACAGGAUUCCUUAUGAAAAUCGUGAAUUGGACAUCAAUAAAAAUUAUAUUGGUGUCACUAAUAGAAGUUUAGGAGUCAGAAUAAAAGAGCAUAAGUAUAACAUCAGCAAGGGAUCUAGUGCCACUAUACUAUCGCAAAUGGCGCAAGUUGAAGGCUCAAUCGUCAAAUGGGACGAAGCAGAAAUUAUUAAAUCGGUACAUUCACCGACAUUGGCGAAUUGCGCAGAAAAAAUUGAAAUAUAUAAAAGCAAAUUGCAUGAUUCAUGCAUCAAUUCUAGAGAUUCUGAAGGGUUGCCUUCGGCCUGGAAAUACUUUAUCAAACGAUUGGACAAAUCUUAA